AUGGCGGAGAAAGAGGCUACGGUUUACAUUGUAGAUAUGGGACGGUCUAUGGGCGAGCGCCACCAUGGCCGUCCUAUGACAGAUCUCGAAUGGGCCAUGCAGUAUGUCUGGGAUAGGAUCACCGCCACGGUUGCCACCGGUCGCAAGACGGCUACGGUUGGCGUGGUUGGUCUCAGGACGGAUGAAACCAUCAAUGACUUGGAUGUAGAGAACUUUUCUAGUAUUUCCGUCCUCUUCGGUCUUGGCCAAGUCCUCAUGCCUGAUAUCCGGAGACUACGCGAAACAAUCAAACCCAGCACAACUAAUAAAGGCGAUGCCAUAUCUUCUAUUGUCAUCGCCAUCCAGAUGAUCCUCGAUUAUACCAAGACAAACAAAUACAAGCGCAAGAUCAUUUUAGUGACUAAUGGCACUGUGGUGCCGAUUUUGGAUGACGCUGAGUAUGGCGUAAAGGAAGAAGAUAAAGACAGUCGAAAGGCUGAAAAUGAGACUCUUCUCCGCAAUCUGGCUGAGGAGUGCGAAGGUGUUUAUGGAACGCUGGAGCAAGCUGUCUCGGAAUUAGAUAUUCCCCGCAUCAAAGUGACUAAGAGCAUGCCUUCUUUCAAGGGGAAUCUUAUGCUCGGAAAUCCCGAAGAGUAUGACACAGCGAUCACUAUACCCGUGGAGCGAUACUUCCGAACCUACGUCGCCAAGCCGAUCUCAGCGAGCUUGUUCGGGCCACGCCCCGGCACCGAACCAGGAAGUCAGAUACCGGGUAAAGGCAAUGCUGAAGGCGACGCUCUCGCCUCGACGAGUCUGCACUCAGGGGGCAAGGUCGACGUUGAACGCGAUGACCUCGCCAAGGGGUACGAGUAUGGACGUACAGCAGUUCCUAUCGAGCAGACUGAUGAGAACGUCGCCAAUCUGGAAACUUUUGCCGGCAUGGGGCUAAUCGGGUUCAUUAAGAAGGAUCAGUAUGACCGAUACAUGCACAUGUCCAACACAAAUAUCAUCAUUCCUCAGCACUCGUAUGCGGUUGCCCGAUUGGUGACCAAAGAAUCCAAACCACCGAUGCUCGUGUUACUCGCCCCAUCCGUCGAGGCAGAUUAUGAGUGUUUGAUAGAAGUACAGCUUCCAUUUGCAGAAGACGUGCGAUCAUAUCGGUUCCCACCUUUAGACAAGAUCAUUACUGUCUCUGGCAAAGUGGUAACGGAACACCGCAACCUUCCAAAUGCCGAUCUGAAGGAUGCGAUGAUGAACCAACUAAUGAUCUCCCCAAUUGACGAGUCAUUCUCCCCAUUACUGCACCGCAUCGAGUCAGCCGUUCGCUACCGUGCAGUGCAUCCCAGCGACCCUGUCCUUGACCCUCAGAGCGGCCUCACGGAAUUCGCACACCCCUCAGAAGAGAUAGUCAAGAACUCCAAGUCCCAUCUUGAGAGAUUGAUGUCUACGGCUGAUGUUAAGAAAGUUCCACCAAAGACAAAAGGUCGUAAACGCCAGCGCGAUACAGAGAAACCCCUGUCAGGUCUUGACGUCGACGCCCUCCUUAGCCUUGAACCCAAGCGAACGAAAAUUUCCACCGAGAACGCAAUCCCGGAGUUCAAGCAAACACUUUCCCGCGCAGAAAACAUUGACGCGAUCCACGACGCUGUGCAGCAAAAUGGCUAA